AUGUCCAAGGCGGAUCGUCGGCGUCUCGUGGCUGCGAGCGACAGCGCGAGCGACUCAGAUGUAGAAGCCGCAGAAGAGCUCUCUGAGGACGACAAACCGCUGAGCUCCAUCAUUCAGACAAAGAAGCGCAAGACCAGAGUGCAGGGUCCACGGCAGCCUAAGAAAACCUCAAAAGAAACCGAAACAACAAGCGCUGCGGCAUGA